UACAUCUAUACAACCCUCGACUCGAUAUAGCGAUAUCGCGAUAUACUUUUUUAAACUUUAAACCGGAGAGCUUCCGAGCCGAGCCGAGUCGCGAUGCCGGAAGAACACGCGCGAGACGAGACGGCCACGCCGACGACGAUGGAUACGGAUACAGCUGCCAGUGUCGGCGGCGGAAUGGAGGACGAAGAGUACGAACGCAAGCUCGUCCGCAAGCUCGAUAUGAACAUCGUCCCGGUCGUUAUGUUGCUGUAUCUGCUGUCGUUCCUGGAUCGGGUCAAUAUUGGCUCGGCUAGGUUGUAUGGCCUCGAGGAGGACCUGGGAUUGGUCGGGAAUCAGUAUCAGUUGGCUGUUUCGAUUCUCUUCGUAACUUACUUGGCCUGUGAGCUUCCUGGCAACCUCGUGCUCAAAAAGUUCACACCGAGAUAUUACAUCACGUUCAUCACGUUAUCAUGGGGAACAAUCGCAACCUUCACAGGCCUCGUACAGUCCUACGGCGGACUGCUUGCCUGUCGUCUCCUGCUAGGCGUCGUCGAAGCGUCGCUCUUCCCGGGCCUGGCAGUGUACCUAACGCUCUUCUACACGAAGGGUGAGCUGGCGCUACGCAUAGGCUACCUCUUCGUCUCGGCCGCGCUCGCCGGAGCCUGUGGCGGCCUCCUCGCGUACGCCAUCGGUUUCAUGGACGGUACAGCCGGAAUGCGCGGCUGGAGAUGGAUCCUGAUCAUCGAGGGGAUUCCCACGGUGAUCAUGGGGGUGGUGACGUUCUUCAUCCUCGCCGACGACCCGGACACGGCCUGGUACCUGACGGAAGAGGAGCGCCAAUUCUGCAUCAAGCGCCUGGGCCGCGAGGCCGAAGCCACCGCGAGCGCCCGCCAAUUCCACUGGACCGACGUCAGGAAGUGCUUCACCGACUGGAAAACGUACUUCUUCGCCGCGGCCCUGUUCGGCAUGGACACGAUGCUCUACGGCUACUCCACCUUCCUCCCAACCAUCAUCAAGAGCAUCGGCGGCACCGCCUGGAGCAACGCGCAAGUGCAAGCGCUGACCAUCCCCUGCUACGCCCUGGGCGCAAUCACCUACCUGAUCGUCGCGCGGCUUUCCGACCGCCACCAAAAGCGCGGGCUAUACACCAUCAUCUUCGCGGCAGUUUCCAUGAUCGGCUACGGCGUCCUCCUCGCCGACGCCUCCGCCGGCGUCCACUACUUCGGCUGCUUCCUCGUCGCCAUGGGGCUGUACGUAGCUGUCGGCCUGCCGCUCGCCUGGCUGCCGAACAACUCCCCACGGUACGGAAAGCGUACGGCCGCCACGGGGUUCCAGCUCACGUGCGGCAACGCCGCCGGCGUCAUGGCCCCGUUCCUAUAUCCGAAUACCGACGGCCCAAGAUUCACAAAGGGCCACGCGGUGAGCCUGGCCAUGGUCGGGUUCGCCGCAGUCAUGUAUUCCAUCCUAUGGGCGGCGCUCGCGAAGUUGAAUCGUGACCGCGAACAAGGGAAGGAGGACUGGAAGCUCGAGGGGAAGACGUGGGAGGAGGUCGCGGAGAUGGGUGAUGAGUCGCCGAGAUAUAAAUACACCGUCUGAAUAUGUAGAGAAUGAUAGGUUAUGAGGUUAUGUUUUCAUUGUGGAGGCUGUACGAUUACGGUGGUCUUUUCUUCGCUGUACCAUGGUUAUAUAGGAAGGUAUCAUGUGAGAGUGCAAAUACUAUAGAUUGUCACUGGCAACUGGUUACUGCACAUCUGCGACUUC